UUGAAACACUGUUAGGAGGAUUAGGAUUACGUUUACGACUUUAAAGUUGCAGAUUAACUCAGAUUUAUUUGUAUAUGUAGUGCAUUGAUUUUAUACAAGGCAUAUAUUUUUCUACAGAUAAGUUCAAUAUGUUGCUGCAUGUUGUACUUUAUCUGGCUUUAGUCAGUAACUAUGGCAACGCAGAAGAUCCUGUUGGACAUUUGAAGCCGUUAGGAGAACAAACCUUGCCUACUGUUCCUAUUGAUGAAUUUACAGUUGACAAUGCUCCAAAUCCAUACGACUUUUAUGAGAACUAUGUAAAGCCAAGUAAAGCUGCAAUAUUCCGAGGUGCCAUGUUGGAUACCUCAGGGUUUAAAUUAUGGACAGAUGAAUAUAUCAAGGAGAAUUAUGGAACUAUGGAGGUUCGUGUGGAAGGAAAGAAAGAAAAGAACAGCAUGAUUCCUGUUGGCGAGAAAUACUUGGGAAGAGAUACAAUCUCACACUUUGUAGACAACUAUCACCUCCCUAAUACAAGCAUGUACAUGGUGUCUGAACUACCAGAAGUUAUGUUUAAAGAAGUGGGGGUGCUUCCUUCACUUGGUGCAUGUGGUGAGAUGGGAAGAAGAUUUGUGGAGAUUGAUAUUUGGUGGAAUGGUGGUGGUGGAAGAAGUGUUAUUCAUAAGGAUGCCUUUAAUCAAAUCAACUGUUUGUACCGUGGAACAAAGAACUGGAAAUUGUACGAAUAUAAGUAUGAAAAAUGGAUCCAUAAGCACUGGGAACCAGAAAAUGAAAUUGGAGGAUAUUCAGAAGUUGAUGUUGAUGCAGUUGAUCUUCACAGACAUCCAAAUAUUGUGAAGAUUCCAUGGUCCAACUUCAGCAUUCAUGCUGGAGACUGCUUGUUCCUUCCAAAAAGUUACUACCAUCAAGUGCUUUCCAAAGGAGAACAAAAUCUUGCUGUGUCGAUAUUGUUCAGCAGACUUGAUGGAAUUGAACAUAUUGAUGUGUCGGACUGCACAGACCAAACAGAUUACCAAACUCCAAAACCAUUGAGUGAUUUGGAUGUUAUGUGGAAAUGGCAGGGUACAGGAAUGAUGUCAAUGGGAAGAAGUGACAUGGAAAGUUCAUACAGACCAUCGCUUCUUCAUGCAGCAGAGGAAUUUGAGGGUGGCGUCACUGCUGAGGCGAUUGCUGAAAUAUGGGGCUCAGAAGGCGAAGAUGACGGGAAGAUUCGCAGCGGGAGUUAUGAUCGGGCAAUUGCUGCCAUUGAUACAAAUGGUGAUGGAAAGUUAACUCCAGAUGAAAUUACUUCUGCAACUUGGGCACAACUGCGUGAAUUUGGAAGUGAAGUUGAGCCUCAUGAACCUUCAAAUUCUUACCUGUUUGAAUAUUCCUUGAUAAGUUAUGACUCGGUAGUUGAAAUUUUGCAAGUGGCAAUAAAAAGGAAAGAAGUUUUAACCCGUCAACUUUGGGUGAAGUUGUACACACGUAUGCUAAAAGGAACAGCGGAAUUUGCAAACCAGAUAUUUAAUGGACUGGUGGAUUCAGAGGAAAUAAAUGAAGUGAAAACCGCUACUAUCACUGAGGAUGUGAUAAAGAGAGCAUUGAAGGAGUGGCUUGCAUACUGGGUACCACAAUAUUCCCCUACUGAUGUUAGACCAGACACGGGCUACAAGAUUGGAUUUGAAUAUGGAGAUGAGGAGCCAGAACCUGAACCUGAAGAAGAGUAUGAUGAUGAAGAAGAAGAGCAACAUGUUAAGGAGGAGUUGUAAACUCUUAAUGUUGUCAUGACAAUUAAAAAGCUGUUGGACGAUUUUUUUAAGGGAAGAAGGUUGUUUUAUAAAGUUUUGUUGUUUAAAAAUUUAAUAGUCCAAGACGAAAUAUUGUAUUCUGUGUCUUUUAUUACUGUGGAUUUAAAAUGCUUGUCUAAGUUACCAUUCCAUGUUGCAAUGUUUCAUAUGAAUAAAUUCAAAUGCCAGAAAGUCA